UUGGAUAUUUUUUCAAAGGAAUGUUGGAAAAAUUGUAUAUAAUCGAAUCAGAAAAUUGUGGUUAGGUGUAGUAUCUAAACAAUAAACACUAUUCGACGCUUGUGAAAGUCAUAUAAAAAACGUGUAGUUUAUUGUACAUUGUGCUUUGAAAUUAGGAAAAGUUAAAUGUUUCUAAUUAAUGGACAAUUUUUUAGUAAUUCUUUUACUAAUUUUAUUAUUUAUUUUCUUUAAAAAUGUUUAAGAUAGUCAUAUCACUAAUAUCAAUCACAUGGGCACUGGAGUAUCUAACUAUGACACAUCUCUGCGAUUCAGCAGAACUUACUUUAACGCAUUUCAGAAGAUACUCUUACUUUUCUUUCGAAGACUAUUCUUUUACUUCAUCAAAGUCUCCACUACAUUGUGCCCUUUUGUGUAACUCCAGCGCCGACUGCGCGGGCGUGAUCUUAGACCCUGCGUGUUACCACUUGGAUAGACGUCUGGUCACGAGCUUAGACUUUAAUCCUCGACCCGGAAACGACGUUUUAGUGAGAAGGCAAAUUGUGUUGGAAAACUUAGAUGUUGAUCCCAUCUCGCUGUCAACCUAUUACGAUGUGGCAUUGGUGUCAAGAAUACAAAUUGGUGAUAUACUAUGUUUACAAGGAGUCCUGUUAGCACAUGACGAUGUCAGAGUUAUCCUCUACCAGAACAAAGACCUUCAGAACGAAGCAGUCCACUUCAGAGCUGGUUGUUACGACCUAAAGUGCUACAAGAAAUGGGUGCUGAUAAAAAGCAAGUUUAUGAACGCAUGGAGCCCAAUAUCGUAUGAGAACUUCACCGCCUACACACUACAGCUGGACACUAAAUUUGUUGUCCACAUACUGGUCACAGCAAAUGGUAUAAAAACCUAUCUGAAUGGGGUCUACUUGUACACUUCAAAUCCCAACAUGUCAAUUUCUAAUGUGAACUAUAUCCAAAUAGGAGGCUCAACAAAAAUUAAGGAGUUUAGUGUUUAAUUUAGUUUGAUUUGUCUGCCUGGUACAAAGUGUGUACACAUUAUGUCUAUCACACCCUUUCUCAGAUGAAACUGAAUUUUCGUACAUUUAUUCAAUGACAUAGACAAGACAUGAAUCAAUAAAAAAAAGUAACCAAUCAGACAAUUAGUUACUGAUAAUCAUUAUUUUGUUUAAAAGUAACAAUGGAAACUAAUACUCCAGUAUUGACAUACAUGGCUAAAUUUGUAGAGUUUAGUCCCUUUAAAUAAUUGUUACAGCUAUUUCUCCAUCACGCAUUC